UCCCUGAGGUCCCCUCAGGUGCCACCAUGAAGCUCUGGGUGACAGUGGUGGCAGUGGCGCUGCUGGCGAGCGUUGGGGCCGAACCCCCCACGGACCCCCCUCCGAGCACCCCCUCCGCGGCCCCCCCCGAACCCCAAAAGAGCUUUUGGGGGGCCCUGGAGGGGGGGAGGGGCGAGAACAGCACCCUCAGGAGGAUCCGGCUGUGGGUGACGGCGCUGGGGACGCGGGUGCAGGCGCUGAGCUCGGCCCUUCGCACCGAGAUGGCCGACGUGGGUCAACGCGCUUUGGACUACGGAGCGGACGCCAAAGCCACUUUGGAGCUGGGGUGGGCGGAGCUGCGCAACCGCGGCGCCUCCUACGCCCGCAAACUCCGUAAGCGCCUCCACCGCGACGGCGAGGAGCUGCGGCGCCGCUGGCAGGGCCUGGGGCGCAUCUGGGGGGCCCCCCAAGAGCUGGGGGACAGCCGGGACCUGGAGGAGCCUCAGUAAGCCUUGAGGAACCUCAACAAUCCGUGAGGAACCUCAACAAUCCGUGAGGAAC